AUGCGGAAGCCCAAUCCGAUGCAGGACGCGAACUUCUGCUCGCGCCUAUUCUUCUGGUGGCUAAACCCCUUGUUUAAAAUUGGUCACAAAAGGAAAUUAGAAGAAGAUGACAUGUACUCGGUGCUUCCGGAAGAUCGUUCCCAGCACCUUGGGGAAGAGCUGCAAGGGUACUGGGAUCAGGAAGUGUUGAGAGCCCAAAAAGAUGCGCGGGAGCCUUCUUUAAUGAAAGCAGUCAUGAAGUGUUACGGGAAAUCCUACUUAGUUCUGGGAAUGUUAACAUUUCUUGAGGAAGGCACCAGAGUAGUUCAACCCAUAUUUUUUGGGAAAAUGAUUAGUUAUGUUGAAAACUACCAUCCCACCGAUUCUGCUGCUUUGCAUGAAGCCUACGGCUACGCGGCAGCGCUCAGUGCCUGCGUGCUCAUGUGGGCCGUUCUGCACCACUUGUACUUCUAUCACAUUCAGCGUGUGGGGAUGAGGCUGAGAGUAGCCGUGUGCCAUAUGAUCUACCGCAAGACACUUUGCCUUAGUACCUCGGCCAUGGGGAAGACCACCACAGGACAGAUGGUUAACCUGCUGUCCAACGAUGUGAACAGGUUUGACCAGGUAACAAUGUUCUUGCACUAUCUGUGGGUGGGACCACUGCAGGCUAUUGCAGUGACUGCCCUGCUCUGGAUGGAAAUAGGAAUAUCCUGUCUUGCUGGGAUGGCAGUUCUCAUUAUUCUUCUGCUUUUGCAAAGCUGCACCGGGAAGUUGUUUUCAUCACUCCGGAGUAAGACCGCAGCUCUCACAGACGACAGGAUCAGGACCAUGAGUGAAGCCAUAACUGGCAUCAGAACAAUAAAAAUGAAUGCUUGGGAAAAGUCAUUUAUAGACCUUAUUACCAGAUUGAGAAGGAAGGAAAUUUCCAAGAUUCUGAGAAGUUCCUACCUUAGGGGCAUGAAUUUGGCAUCAUUUUUUGUUGUGAGCAAAAUCAUGAUUUUUGUCACCUUCAUCAGUAAUGAGCUCCGUGACAACCUGAUCACAGGCAGCCAAGUGUUCGUGGUGGUGAUGCUGUUCGAGACUCUGCGAUUUUCUAGCACCCUCUACUUCCCCAUGGCCGUUGAGAAGAUGUCAGAGGCCGUUGUCAGCAUCCAAAGAAUCAAGAACUUUCUAUUACUUGAUGAGAUGUCACAUUGCUACCCUCAGCUGCCAUCGAAUGGUGAAAUGAUAGUGGGCGUGCAAGAUUUAACAACUUUUUGGCAAAAGGCAUCAGAGACUCCAACCCUACAAGGCCUUUCCUUUACUGUCAGACCUGGUGAACUGUUAGGUGUGGUCGGACCUGUGGGAGCAGGAAAGGAUUUACAGCUUUUGAAGGAAGGAGAUCUAACUAAGAUAGGAGAUGGAGGAACCCCGCUGAGUGAAGGACAGAAAGCCAGGGUCAGCCUCGCCAGAGCCGUGUAUCAGGACGCAGACAUCUACCUCCUGGAUGAUCCGUUCAGUGCAGUGGAUGCAAGAGUCAGCAGGCACUUGUUCGAACAGUGUAUUUGUCAGGCCUUGAAGGAGAAGAUCACAGUCUUAGUCACUCAUCAAUUGCAGUACCUAAAAGAUGCAAGUCUGAUUCUGAUGUUGAAAGAUGGCAAAAUGGUGGAGAGGAGGACUUGCUCUAAUUUCCUGAAAUCCAGGGUAGAUACUUUUUCCCUUUCUGAGAAGGGGACUGAGCAGCCGGAACCAUCUCCAGGUCCAGGAACUCCCACUCUGAUCUCCGAGUCUUUGGAUCCAUCUCUACAGUCUCCCAGACCCUCAUUGAAAGAUGCGGCUCUAGAAGACCAACAUACUGAGAAUAUACAAGUUACAUUACCUUUAGAGAACCAUUUGGAAGGAAAAGUUGGUUUUAAGACCUAUAAGAAUUACUUCACACCCCAUGCUGACUGGUCUGUCAUCAUCUUCCUUAUACUAGUAAACAUCGCAGCUCAGGUUGCCUAUGUCCUACAGGAUUGGUGGCUUGCAUUCUGGGCACAUGUACAAAGUGGCCUGUAUUUUGGGGAAUUUGUAAAAGGAGAUGAAGAUGUAGUGUUCGUUCUGAACUGGUACUUAGGAGCUUAUUCAGGUUUAACUGUAUCUACCAUCCUUUUUGGCAUCACAAGAUCUCUGUUGAUAUUCUAUGUCCUUGUUAAUUCUUCACAAACUUUGCAUAGCAAAAUGUUGGAGACCAUUUUAAGAGCUCCAGUAUUGUUCUUCAACAGAAAUCCAAUAGGAAGAAUUUUAAAUCGUUUCUCCAAAGACAUUGGGCAUAUGGAUGACUUGCUGCCUGUGAUAUUUCAAGAUUUCAUCCAGACAUUUCUUCUUGUGAUUGGCGUGGUGGGCGUGAUGGUGGCUGUGGUUCCUUGGAUUGCUAUACCUGUGAUUCCUCUUGGCAUCAUUUUCUUUGUCCUCCAGUGGUACUUCUUAAGGACAUCACGAGAUGUGAAACGCUUAGAAUGUACAACUCGGAGUCUGGUAUUAUCCCACUUAAUAUCUUCUCUGCGGGGACUUUGGACCAUCCGCGCAUACAGAGCCAGACAGAGGUUUCAGGAAGUGUUCAAUGCAUACCAGGAUUUGCACUCAGAGGCUUGGUUCCUGCUUUUGACGACGUCCCGAUGGCUCGCUGUGUAUCUAGAUGUCAUCUGUGCCAUCUUUGUCACUGUUGUUGCAUUUGGGGCCCUGAUUCUGGCAGAAUCUUUGGAUCUCGGGCAGGUUGGCCUGGUCCUGUCUCUCACGCUCACACUCACGGGGAUGUUCCAGUGGUGCGUCAGGCAAAGUGCUGAAGCUGAGAACAUGAUGAUUUCAGUAGAAAGGGGGAUUGAAUAUACAGACCUUGAGAAGGAAGCACCCUGGGAACUUGAGAAUCGUCCACUGCCAUCCUGGCCCAACAAAGGAGUGAUUUCCUUUAAGACUGUGAACUUCAGGUAUAAGUCGGACGGGCCUCUGGUAUUGAAGUAUAUAGAAGGAUCGAUUGAUGCAAGACAAAAGUUUGGCAUCAUGGGAAGAACAGGAGCUGGAAAAAGUUCUGUCAUUGCUGCCCUUUUUAGAUUGUCAGAACCUGAAGGUGACAUUUACAUUGAUGACAUCUUGACAACUAGUAUUGGGCUUCACGAUUUAAGGAAGAAAAUGUCAGUUGCACUUCAGGAACCUGUUUUAUUCACUGGAACAAUGAGGAAAAAUCUGGAUCCCUUUAAUGAGCAUACGGAUAAUGAACUGUGGAAUGCCUUAGAAGAGGUACAACUUAAAAAAUCCAUCGAAGGUCUUCCUGCUAAAAUGAAUACUGAAUUAGCAGAAUCUGGAUUGAACUUGAGUGUUGGUCAGAAACAACUGGUGUGCCUUGCCAGGGCUAUUCUCAGGAAAAAUCAGAUAUUGAUUAUUGACAAAGCCACAUCAUACGUAGAUCCAAGAACUGAUGAGUUAAUACAAAAAAAAAUUCGUGAGAGAUUUGCCCAGUGCACUGUGCUGACCGUUACACACAGGUUGAGCACCAUUAUUGACUGUGAUAGGAUAAUGGUAAGACCCUCACCAUUUUAG